UGAUGUGCUUGCUAAAGAGAGGAGUAAGCAGCAGCAAAUAGUAUAGCAUUAUUAAUCAGGUUGAUGGUGUGAUCGGCUGCAGUCUGUAUCACAGGACAUGCCUGCCUCAAGAGGUAGAGGCAAUGGUGAUAUGCCAGACAAUCUCCUACCCAGGGAAGUCGACGGGGUGGACAAAGGGGUCAGUUGUCCCGGACCCAAGGCUUAGAAUUUGCCGGAGAAAGUGCUGUAGAAUGGGAGAGAAGCUAGAACUGAAGCUGAAAUCGCCGGUUGGAGCCGAAGCAGCGGGUUAUCCUUGGCCAUUACCAGUAUAUGACAAACACCAUGAUGCUGCUCAUGAGAUCAUCGAGACCAUCCGGUGGGUGUGUGAGGAGAUUCCGGACCUCAAGCUGGCCAUGGAGAACUAUGUGCUCAUCGACUAUGACACCAAAAGCUUCGAGAGCAUGCAGAGACUGUGUGACAAGUACAACAGGGCCAUCGACAGCAUCCACCAGCUGUGGAAAGGCACCACUCAGCCCAUGAAGCUCAACAAGCGUCCGUCUAACGGGCUGCUGCGCCACAUCCUGCAGCAGGUCUACAACCACUCCAUCACUGACCCCGAGAAGCUUAACAACUACGAGCCCUUCUCGCCAGAGGUGUACGGGGAGACCUCCUUCGACCUGGUGGCGCAGAUCAUAGACGAGGUGGAGCUUAUGGAGGACGACACGUUCGUAGACCUGGGCAGUGGAGUGGGCCAGGUAGUGCUGCAGGUUGCCGCGGCGACCAACUGUAAACACUACUACGGGGUGGAGAAGGCAGAGACACCGGCAACUUACGCUGAGUCAAUGGAUCGUGAGUUUAGGAAGUGGAUGAAGUGGUAUGGGAAGAAGCACGGCGAGUACACGCUUGAAAGAGGUGACUUCCUCUCCGAGGAGUGGCGAGAGAGGAUAGCCAACACGAGUGUCAUUUUUGUGAAUAACUUUGCAUUCGGUCCGGAGGUGGACCAUCAGCUGAAGGAGCGCUUUGCGAACAUGAAGGAAGGUGGAAAAAUUGUAUCCUCAAAACCUUUUGCACCUCUUAACUUCAGAAUCAACAGUCGAAACUUGAGUGACAUUGGCACAAUAAUGCGUGUGGUGGAGCUGUCUCCUCUGAGGGGCUCCGUGUCCUGGACUGGGAAGCCGGUCUCCUACUAUCUCCACACCAUAGACCGCACCAUACUUGAAAACUAUUUUUCUAGUCUCAAAAAUCCUAAACUCAGGGAAGAGCAGGAGGCAGCUCGUAGGCGUCAACAGAAGGACAAAGACAGCAAAAGCAACACCACCACCCCCACCAAGCAAAAGCCUCAGCAACAGCAGCAGCAGGCGUCAGUGCAGCAUCAGCACUAUCCGCAGCAUCCCCAUCCUCCUCAUCACCAUGCCGACUCGUGCGGAGAGGAGGACCGGCCCGCUCUGCUGGGCGUCACCAAGACCUCCCCCAAGCAGCGCCGCUCGCGCCUGCUGACCAAGGGCCGCAAGCUGGCCAACAAGAAGCGCGGACGCCCCAAGAAGGCCCCCGGCUCAGCUGGUGGUGGGGUUGGGGGUGUGGGUGCAGCAUCCAACGCGGUACCCGCUGGUGCCCCCACCGCUGCUGCCCAGCGCAAGAACAAGAAGGGCCAGAGCGCCCUGGAGCUGCUGCAUGCCAAAACACUCUCCUCCGUGCCCACUCAGGAUGCAUUCCGGUCAUCUCAGAGCCCGUACUACCAGCUACCUCCCAAAGUGCCGCACUACGCCUCCAGCCAGCUCCUGCAGGGGCCCACCCCACCUGCCCUGCAACAGCUGCUGGAUAACUUCAAGGUCCAGUACCUGCAGUUCAUGGGUUACAUGAAGACUCCUCAAUACCGUGCCAACCUGCAGCAGCUCCUGGAACAGGAGAAGGUACGGCAUACAGAGCUGUCGGGUCAGGCGGAGCAGCUACUGAAUGUGUGUCAGACUCAUAAAGAUAAAAUCAAAUGGCUCUUCCAUGCAAAACUAGAGGAGCUGGGUGUGAAGGCUCUGACCCUGGAUGACCUGCUGCAGGCCCAGAAGGAGAUCUCAGCCCACAACCAGCAGCUCAAGGAGCAGACGCAGCAGCUGGAGAGGGACAUGGUGAAACUGAGGGACCAGAGCCUCAUGCUGCUGAAGGCGCGGUGUGAGGAGCUGAAGCUGGAUUGGGGCUCUCUGUGCAUGGAGAGCCUGCUGAAGGAGAAGCAGAACCUCCACAGGCAGAUAUCAGAGAAACAGCGCCACUGCCUGGAGCUGCAGAUCAGUAUAGUGGAGCUGGAGAAGAGCCAGAGGCAGCAGGAGCUGCUGCAGCUCAAGUCGUACGGCUCCUGUGACGGCUCUCCGUACCGCAAGGGGCUGCCUGGCAUGGAUCAGCACCACCACCAUCAGCAGCAGCACCUCCAUCAGCGCUCCUCCCUGGACGGGCCAGACGGCUCCAAGCUGGGCCUGGGGCCCUCAUCCUCCGCCACCUCCAGUGCCACCCUCAACGGCAUGAGCCCCGAGCUGGCCAUGAACGGCACCGCUUCGCCCUGCUUCGAGCGUGGCGUGGGCAUGGGGGGCAUCGGCCUGGGUCUCGGUGGCGGCGGCACCAAGAGCGAGCUGCUGACGCGCUACCUGCCCAUCUCGCCGGAUCACGAGCUGUUGGCGCCUCCUGUGGCGGGGGACGGGCGGCACAGGCAGCAGGGACAUCAUCAGCAGCAGCAGCAGCUGCCCGACUACACGCGCUUCUCACCAGCCAAGAUCGCCCUGCGCAGGCACCUCAACCAGGACUCGGGACCACUCCGCGGGUUCACACACAGGGGGGAUCUGGGUGCGGUCUCCUCACCCCCUUUAGGGAUGAAACAGGGUAGCCCUGCCCCCAGCCCAGGAGAGCAAAGAGCAUCAGAGAGGAUGGGGAAGGAGAAGAGCCCGGCGGGGGGCGGAGACACCAUCACGUCUCUACCAAUCAGCAUCCCCCUCAGCACCGUGCACCCCAACAAGCUGCCAGUCAGCAUCCCUCUAGCCAGCGUGGUACUGCCCAGCAGAGCAGAGAGACUGAGGAGCACCCCCAGUCCUGUAUCCCAAGGGAGAGACUCCAGCCUGACCAAUGGCAAGCAGGCUCUCACUCCUACCUCAGGGUAUUCAUCCAGCUCAGGCCUGGUGAACGGCGGCCCCCACCCCCACGCCUCAGUGCUGAUGUCAGAGCCAGACGGGUCCCCUCACACCACCACCAACCCCUUGCUCGCCUUCCAGGGCCGCAGUCCCCCCACCUCCACCGGGGGGGUGCUGCAGUACGCUGACGGCCCCCCCAGGAUCCUCCCCGAGGACGGGGGAGUGGGAUUGGGAGUGGGGGAGUCGGAGGGAGAGGGGCCGGACAGCGAGGCCGGACACCCGCGUCGCAUUUUCUUCUCCUCCUCGUCCUCCUCUUCCUCAUGCUCCUCUUCCUCCUCCCGUCUGCACCACGGCUCGGCCAAGACUGCUCAGCACCAUCAGAACAGCAACAACAACAACCACCAUCUUCAUCACCACCACCAUCACCACUCGCCCAGCACGCAGGAGGGCGGCAGGAAGAGGGGCCGGAGAAAACGCGGCUCCACAGGGGCCCCGUCAGCCUCCACCUCCCCCAAGAGGAGGUCCUUCCCUGGGCUGGGCAACAGCGGACACCCCUCUGGAUCUCCACUCAACAUCAACUCCAUGGUGAACAACAUCAACCAGCCUCUGGAGAUCUCAGCCAUCUCGUCCCCAGAGCAGUCGGGCCGCAGCCCGUGCGGAGGGGACCUGGACCAGCCGCCCGUGCUGAAGAGGGAGCGCCCCCUGGAGCUCAACGGCUCUGGACGCUACCCCUCCACCUCCGGCUCUGACGACGAGGCCGCGGGGUACCCGGCAGACACCUCCAGCUCCAGGAUUGAGAGGAAGAUUGCCACCAUCUCCUUGGAAAGUAGAGACGGAAGAGGAGGGGAGAACGACAGAGUGUCUUUAGGUCGCAAGGCAGGUGCCGGCUGUGACGUCUCCUCUUCCUCCUCCUCGUCCUCCUCCUCCUCCUCCAAGUGGAAGUCCACCUUCUCCCCCAUCUCCGACCCCAAGCCCACUCCUCCUGACCUUCGCCAGGGCGGCUCCCCAUUCCGCAGCGACGCGGACCACAAGUCCAGCCUCCAGCAGCAGCAGCAGGGGCAUCGGGCCGACAACGGAGCCUCUCUGGGGGGCAGCCCCUCCCUCUGCCUCCCCUCCAACCUCUUCCUCAGCCAGGAGCCUGGAGGUGCUCGCCAGGCGGUAGCAGGAGGAGGAGGCCCAGGGGGGUUGGGGAAGGGGAAGGGGCGCGAGUGGGAGCUGAAGGGGGGUGGGGUGGGCGUGAGUGGCGCCGGAGGGUCGGUGGGUGGUGGGCUGGUCAGCCAGAACCUCUUCAUCUCCGCAGCAACCAGCCUGGCAGGCAAGAUCGGUGGCGCGGUGGGCGUGACGUCCGGUGGAGUAGGAGUCAGCGGCGUGGGCGGUGCCCAGUACGUGGGCGCCCAGUUCCCAUUGGGUGGUGCGUCAGUGCUGCAGUCGCUGUUCGGCAGCCAGGCGGCCAUGCCAGCGGUCAGCGUGGCACCGAGACUCGUCAACGGGCACGGGACCUUCUCCAGCGCCAGCCUGACAGGAGGGGCAGCAGGAGGUAUUUUUCACCACACGCUGCCAGCUUCGUCCUCCUCCACUGCAGCUGCGUUUGGCUCCAUAGGGCUGGGCUCUCUGCUGGGUCUCUCCUCCUCCACCAACACCUCCUCCUCCUCCUCCUCCUCUGCCACCUCCUCCUCCUCCCACCUACGCCAGCACCAGCAGCAGGACACCAAAGGCCCCGGCCCCACCCUGACUCUCACCCUGGCCCCUGCCAUGGCCUCCGUGGCCCUCCCCAGCCGGACUCAGUCUGUCCUCCACACGCCCUCGCCCCUCACGCUCUCCCUGCCCCCGCCACCUCCCCUCCUCAAUGCCACCUCCUCUUCCUCAUCAUCAUCCUCCUCCUCUUCCUCUUCUCUGGCCACUGCCUCUGUAAUGCUGCAGCAGCCUCAGCAGCGGAUACACUUAUCCUCCUCUGCUCCCUCCAUCCCUCUCUCCUCCCUCUCUUCCUCCUCCUCCUCUUUAUCCUCCACUCUAGCGUCUGCUGCCUCUUCGGUCUCUCCCUCCCCUUCCUCUUCCUCCUCCUCCUCCUCUCGCUCCACGUUCACAGUGCACUACCCCCCUCACCUGGCGCCUCUGCCCAGCCCUGCCCCCUCUCUCCCGGCCGGCUCCUGGAGGACAGCAGGGCUGCAGGCCCAGGCCUCGGCCAGCCGGCCCAGAUAGCAGCAGAGAGAGGAGAGAAAAGGAGAGGAGGAGGAAGAGAGGAGACAGAGUGGGGAUGGGGGUUUAUGGACAAAGGGAGUAGGGGAGGGAGAAGGGGAGGGUGGGAAUUCAAUGUGGGAGGAAGGGUGGGUACGGACGCCAGGGUGUUGGACUUCCAACAGCCUCUUCCUCCAAAUAUGAAAAAAAAGGAACAUGAACUAAUCUACCUCAACCCCAGUGGAAACCUAUGCAAACGCUCAGGCAGCCCCGACAGGACAGGAGAGGACAGGAGAGGAGAGGUGUGGACCAAGCCAAUCCUGCACCCCGCAACCCUCAACCCUCCCCUUCACCCCAUCCCACCUCAGCUCAGCUCAGCCCAACCUGCCACACGCCCAGUCUGACCCAGCCCUCAAGCGGAAACCCCAUACCGGCAUGGACACCAACACACACACACACACACACACACUCUCUCUCUCUCACACACACACACAUACACCGCUACAUCCUCUGCAAACAGCACCCAAGAGGACACAAUCGACAUGGCACAUGUUCUUCAUCUGUCAAUCUGUCUGUCUACGUGUGUGUGUGUGUGUGUGUGUGUGUGUGUGUGUGUGUGUGUGUGUGUGUGUGUGUGUGUGUGUGUGUGUGUGUGUGUGUGUGUGUGUGUGUGUGUGUGCGUGCAUGAUGGUGCUGGGUUCAGGGUGUGUGCUGAGGUCUCAACCCUUCUCUCUCUCUCUCUUUCUUUCUUUCUUUCUCUCUCUCUGUCUCUCUCCCCCCCUCUUUGUAUUUAGUGGGCGAGGCUCCUCUCCUGUACAUUGUGUAGCAGACUGGAGGUGUAUUCCCUAGCGAUGCCCAAGACAAGAGGGGUGUGGUGCAUAAAGACGUGCAUAAAGAAGCUCUUUUCUCCUCUCUUCCUGACUGUCUAUCAGAUACAGUAGAGACAGGCUUACGCACAGAUAGUCUCACACCCAGGUGCCACACACACACACACACACACCACACACUAUCUCUCCCGUCUCAGCUGCACUGUCAGGCUCACAUGUAUACAGAUGCAGGCACAAACACACGUACACAUGCACAGAAUGUUUGUGAAGAGGAGAGGUUUGUGUGUUUCCAAAGGUGCUUUUUCCCCUCUGUGCUUUUUUCUGUGUGUGUGCGUGUGCGUGUGCCUGCCUCAAAUGUUCUCUUCUCUCACACAAGCACACACACACACACACACACACACACACACACACACACACACACACACACACACACACACAUAAAAACACAGAGUUUUUCACACGGUGACUUUUUUUUGCCACAGAGGCGAUGCGAUGCUGUAGUGAAGUUUGAAUGGUGAGAAUUUCUCUCCGCCAGGCUAAAUUUGAGCUGGAUACGUCUUAUCAGGUCGGCCACUUGAACUGCCGCUUCCCUCCUGCUGCUCGCUGCCGUUUCCUGCUGCCGGACUCGGGCCGCUGCGUGCAGGAACACCAUUCCUACACACACACACACACACGCACACGCGCGCGCAUACACACAGGAACACCAUUCCGCAACGACUCCCAUUUGUCAGACACUUCCUUAUUUGAAGAAGAGAAACGUGACGGCGAGCACCCUGCUGACAGAUUCUGCGCUGUGUUGGGAAUCUUAGAAUACUGUAGGACUGACUCCCCAUUCCCUCUGUCUGUUGUUGUUUUUCUGCUCAGUCUGUAACAAAUCGAUUCAGGUAAUUAUGUGGGGUUUUUUGUAAGACGAAUACAAAACAAAAAAGGGUUGAGGUGCUGAAAUGAAAUAUGACUAUGGGUAAUCCUGCCUUACCCCCCACUCACUCACUCACUCACUCUCUCAUUUACUCUCUCUCCACCUCACUCACCCUCGCCUCCUCUUCAACACUGUUAUAGCAAUGACUUCCACCCUCCUCAUCCUGACCCCAGCACCUCCUUUCCACAUCGACACACACACCCCUGAGUGUUUGAAGACAAGCCAGUCCACUCAACCAACACGCACAUGCGCACGCACGCACACACACACACACAAACUCACUCAGUCUCUCAGUCUCUCACACUCACGUUGCCUCAACUCACCCUUCUCACACACUGGGAAAUGCAAAAAAAAGACAAAAAGGAAAAAAAAUUACACCAUAAAAAAAACUACUGGGCGACCCUCACUCUUUCUUAUUUUUAUGUUCUCUUCUGUCUUUGUUUGUUUUAUUGGUGUGGAUUCCUUUUGUAAUGUUGAUGAAUCUUGUACUGUGAAUGGGAGGUCUUCAUAUACUGUUUAAAUGUGCAUAAGUUAGUUUAUUUAUCUUUUAAGUCUCUUCCUUAGCAAAGGGUGACGGUAAGAGUGAGUCUGUAUAUGCGUGUGAGUGUGUUUUGUCUGUAUGUUUUAUUAUUUUGUUUUGUUUGUAAUCAAUUGAUAAGAGUAUACGUGUGUAGAAUGCAAUAGAUUGUUUUAAAAUAAGCGUGCUUGACUCAAGUGACUAAAGACAGAAAAGAACGAAAACCUGAAAAAAAUGAAUUAUGGUGCUACAAUCUGUACAACUCUGGACUGUGCCUAUUUAUAUGAAGAACAUCCGUAAUAAUAAUUAUCGACUCUUGGUGCUUCUUUUUUCACAGGGAUUUAAAAAAAUGAGCAGAGAGCGUUUUUAUGGCUCUGUGUGGGUUUUGUUUUUGUUCUGUUUGUCUUCUAUUUAUAAUGUUAUGACAUUUCCCUUAAGCGCGUAGUGUGGAGGAGUCCCUGCACGUUUCGAUAAACGUAGUUGCGAUGUUUGGCACAGAGUAUAUAUGUAAAUAUAUACAGUAUUUUGGCCUAUAGCUCUAAAGCUUUUUUUUGUUUUCAUUUUUUGUUUUCAUUUUGUUUUUUUUAUUUUAUUUCAACAUUGUGUUUUGGAUUCUGGUUCAAGUGUGCUAGUAGUCCCGUCAGUGAGAGUCUUCAGAGCUCUCUCUGUCUAUCAGUAGUGAUAGUGAGAUGUUUUUGUAGGGCCUUAGACACGGGCAUCUUACCACGUACUCACUCACAAACAACACACAACAUUGCCGCGGUGCUAAGCUCUCCGGUUAUGACCUUUUCAGCUUUUUGCCUUCCCCUGUACAAGGUGCUAGAGGCCCUGGUGUAAAGAGUCCAGGUUGUGUAAGUAAUGUGUGCCGAAAGGCCAGUGGUGCUGUGAGCUUAUGUUUACCAGGCCUUCAACCGUUGCUAAGUAUGGUGCAUUGUAGCCUCCUUCCAACAGUAUCCUUGAUGGUGCACACCCACCCACCCAGCCCGCAGCUGGCCCACCUCUCCCCCCUACUCCGGUCUGUACCUAGAGGCAGAGAGAUCCCCUCCCUUCCUCCCUCACCUGGUGCUACACCCACCUGUGCCUCGCUGCUUGUCCUGUGCACAGAGUCCUCGUUUCCCCUCUUCUGUCAUGCGGUGCUGUACUGCGGUGCUGUUUUGUGGUGAAGUUUGGUGCCUCACACCAGACAACAAGACUCGGAGGCUGGACGCAAAGUCAAUGAGGCAAUGACUGGCACUGUUGAUGGCUGCUGGUUCAAAAAAAUCUUGGUGCAUAUAAUGACACACACAAAAUGCUGCGGCCCUGAUUACCCUCCUUUUUAUUUUCCGUACAUCUACGUUUGCAUCCUUUCAUUUAGCGCUGAUGUGAAAAUGUGAAUUGUUAAUGCAGUGCUAGCACUAGUACAGGCUAUUGGACUGUUCUCAUUGUCAGUGUACAGUAGUGGUCAGUGGAUCACCCAUCUCUUUCUUUCUCAUGCUCUCUCUCUGUCUGUCUCUGUCUCUGUCUCUGUCUCUCUUUCUCUCUCUCUCUCUUUCUCUCUCUCUCUCUUUCUCUCUCUCUCUCUCGCUCUCUCUCUCUCUCUCUCUCUCUCUCUCUCUCUCUCUCUCUCUCUCUCUCUCUCUCUCUCUCUCUCUCUCUCUCUCUCUCCUGUCAUCAGGUUUUCAUUUCUGUUCUUCCCAGUUGAUUUGUAGUAUGUGAUGUGGGAGGGAACAGACUUGCCUCAACUUAACGCUCUGAAUGCUGUUGGGGACACCGUAGUGAACACUUGUGUUGUUUUUAUAAUCAGAUGAGAUGAUGUUGAACCCUGCUGUCUGCAUCUCCCAGAAACCAAGACCGACACACGCACACACACACACACGUACACCAAGGGGAUCAACACACCCACACACAUUUGCACGCUCACACACACUCAUUCAUUCACCCACUCACACACACAUUCAUGCUGUGGACCAGAGAAACAAACCCCUCAUUACCAGCACUGAAAGGGUUUUUAUGCUUUUGUUUUUUUUUUUGUUCAUGAAUUGUUAUCGUAAUUGUUAAGACUUGUUAAUAUGUUUUUUUCGUUCGUUUGUUUUCCUGUGUUUGAUAUAAUUGCAAAUGGUGAUGCUUUUAAUAAGACUUAAGAGAUCCAGAUGGUUUUAAUACUCCUUUAGACAGUAAGACAGUAAGGUGCUCUCCUACACUUAAAACAAGGAUAAAAUGCAGCUAUGAACAUAAAGGAUGCCCCUCUGCUGUGCUCACGAGGUGCUACUGUCUAAUAAACUUCAGUUUAAACCUGAACACGA